UCAUUUUCCAUAGUAACAGUGACAAAACAAGCUUGUCCCCAACAAGGAAGGGAUGAGAGAAGCUGUAAAAGGAGACAGGCAAAUCUGCCACUGAGGAAAGGUGGAAAAUGCCUCACAAGCAAGACCACAAGAAAUAGAGAGAGAAUUGAGUGAGGGAAGAGAUGGCAAAGUGAAACAUUCUUAUUCCAAUCAGCUGGACCAUUUGAGUAAGACGACUUAGUAAGAAAAGGAGGGAGUUUUCAAAGAAGGGGAGAGAGGAGAACAGAGAAGCGGGAAAGCAUACUGGUCUUGAAGGGUCCCACGAGGGGGGAGGACCCCCACCACAGCUGGCUUCGCUGAAACGACAUCAUGAACUCCGAGUCUCAAUGUGAAGACAUCAUGUCCACCAUGAUGCUGGAGAAUAUCAAGAACAAGCUGAUCCAUGCAUUCAGAGUGACUGGGGAACCACUAGCCUCCCCUGCACCAGGCACUCACAUGCUCAGCAACAUUGGGAGGAAUCUACAAGCCAAUGAAGAACUCCGCAGAGCAAAGAUCGAAGGAGCCAUAAGUUGGCUGAGAUCAGAGCUGCUGGAGAUGCGAUCUCAGGACCGGCAGCUGGCUCAGACUCUGCUGGGUCUGAACAGCGAGAUAGAGAAGUUGAGGACUGAGACCAUUGCUGUGACUCGGGAUCAAGAUGGAAGUGAACAGGUCUGAUCAUCUCAUCUAGACUGUUUCAUCCUCUUACUUGAGAGGAGAACUUGGAACCAGAGUGGUCUUUCUUCAGUUGACUAAAUCUUCCCAUAAAUGCUGGCUCACACACUAUAUUCAGUGCAAAACUGCGUGCACAAAAUAUAUGGAGCAGUAAAGGCAAGGCAAGGAAUUCUGAAACAACUCAUGGAUGUCAUUUUCAAUGGAACACCAACAAUAUGUACUUGCUCUGUGGGUAAUUACAAGGCGUGUAGUUGCUCUGUAGGUAAUUAGGCAUGUCCCUGAGAAAUUAGGUCAGUCAGUGUGCUUGACACUAGACAUUUUUAACUCCUAGUUUGUUCUUUAAGGCUGCUUAGAGAACAUGUUUGUAAAUGUAUCUGAAUAUAACUGUAUUUUACACAGGCUUACCUGGGGUAAGAAACCUAGAGAGCCUAGAUUGAUUGUGUUACUACAGGAAGAACACAUGAGAAACAUAAGAAAAUUGAAUAAUAAUGAUUUACCUCAAAACGGGUAAAGUGCAGGUGAGUCUAGAGUGCAUCAAAUAAAUAGGGGAAUGCUUACUUCCUUGUGUGUUUAGCAACCGUGUUUGAGGAACUUUUGAGUUUAUACAACAAAAAGAGCUUGAACAUUAUACUGGUACUCAAUUUGCAAGCAGGAUCUUGCUGGAUUUGCAUGGUUUUAUUCACUCCAUUGGCAAAGGCCUUUUUUUCCCCUGUAAGCCUUUUCUCAUCCCAGAGCUUGGUGAGCCAGUGACAUAUUAAAUACCAUGUGAUGCACUGUAAUGAAACGUAAAAGCAUGUAACUAACAGUGUCAUGCAAUGUGUUCAUAAACAAUGAGAAUAAAUGACAAAGCUGGUGGGAAAGAGUUAAAUUUUCCAUCUUUAUUAUGAAAGCAUACCACAAGGGGUACUUGUUCGGUUAAAAGAAGUAUGGACACAAGUUAAUCUGUCAAGAAAGGAAGACUACAUUAAUGGUAAUAUCAACCAAAGCUGACCACAACCAUGGUUAUGGUGUCCCCAAAACCUGUGUAGCUGACAAUUGUUUUUGAAGCUGCUAAAUUACUCAGUUCCAUGUUCCAACUUGUACAGUGCCUUCUGUGUGGGCAGAAGUUUUACAAAUUUUCUACCUCAUAUCUUGAUAUUUCUGAAAAUUCUCCUCAAAAAAAGAAAAACAAUAUUUUUUAUCAUUGAUCACUUCUUCUGUUUGGAAAUUACAGCCCUUAAGUCUGAGGAAGGGAAACCAAACUUAUUUUACAGUUACAAUUCAAUGUUAUUAUCAUAUUUUCUGCAAAUAUCAUUCAUUAUGAGAUCUGGUCUGUGUGAUUUUACUUUUAAAAGAAUAACCUGAUAAUUUAUCGUAAGACUGGCUUACUUGUGUUAAACAGUAAUAUACUCUAGCAAUACUCUGUUUUCCAUUUACUCAAAGCAUGCCUUUCAACGUAUAAGCUGCAAUGCACAUGAUCCAAAGGAAGAGGGAUAUUGAGAGUAUGCCAUAAAAUAUCUGUAAAAUAUGCGUAACACAUCUGCCAUUCAGAAAUGUCUAGGCUUUGUUCAUUAGUAGCCAAAAAUAUAUUUUUUUGUCAAUAUUACAGAAUACAUACUGUAUGUACAAAGCAGCCCUGCAAUCGAAGAUAAUAUCAAGCUACACAUCAUUUUCAAGAUUCAGUACUGAAAAUGAGACCUUUAGCACCUUUGUGCAAUGAACAGGUAUAGUUCACAAUAUCCUCCAGCAUUAUUACAUCAAACAAACAUUUUUUUGCCAUUCACAUUCUGCACAGGUGCAGGAUGCAUCUAAACCUCACUUACAUUCUAAUAAAUUUAGAAGGUAUAACUGGUGAUUCAACAACCUUUUAACUAACCAACUUCACACAAUGAAUGCACAAAGCAACCUUCAUCUCCAUUUAACUGCUAGAGUUUAACUGGUGUUUAACUCCACUGAAUGGGUACUUCUAAUGGGCAAUAAAAAUGUGUUAGAUCACUGGCAUGUAUCUACUGUGCACUCGGGAAUUUGUAAUGGAAUUUCUAACAAAGUACAACUAACACAGGUGUUGAAUUUUCUAGUAAGUGACAGAUAUUACAGUAUUGUUCAAAUAAAGCAUUAAAAUAACUUAAUAAAGGUCAUAAUGUGUAAUUUAAGUCUUUGUUGUCUUAUAUAGUUUCAUUUUUAGUACAUUCUCUGUAUUUUAACCUUUAAACUAGCCAAUUAUUUGUCAAUAAUCAAAGUAUGGCAAAAACACAUUAUCCCAUAUUAAACAUCUGCCACUGAACAUGAAACUAUUCAUUUUAAAAUGAAUAAUUCCUUAUAGCUCCUCUUCAGUACUGUGUUUAAAGAGUAAGGCAACCAAGGACAGAAAACUGCUGUUGCUGCACCCUCUAUGGGUUGAAAUAUUUAACUAGUUUGUGCUGCUGGCCAGACCUAUAACAGAAACCUGUAAAGAGUGUAGCAACAGAAGUUUCCUGCCCUGUGUUUACUUGCUCUUUUACAGGCAGGAAAGAACAGAAUAUUCUGCAGAAUGGCCCAUGGCAGUUGUAAUCCAGAACUGGUAUAAACAUACUCUGAAACAUACUAUCUCUGUGCUUCAUCUACAAUCACUGUGUCUAACAGACUUUUUGCAAUGCUCUACCUAUAGUGCAUGAUUGUGGUGUGGCUGGGGGUGCACCUCUGGAGGGGUUUGGGGUUUAGGGCACAGAGCUCCUUCUGCUAAAGAUCUGUCUAGGCAGAGACCUGCUGUGGUAGAGCAAGAAGGGUGGGGGCAUGCUGGUGGCUAAAAGGGAGCCAGUGAACCCCACCUCCCCUGAGCUAGAAUACACACUACUGCCCCCAGCCUCACUCCCCGAGUCCCAACCCUCCAGCUCUGCCUCUUCCUCCUGCUCCUCUUCAGCCUCUGCACAUUCAAGUUUCAGCUCCUGGAUCCCUGUGUGCAAAUCCAUCAGUUUCCGGAUCAGAACCUGGUCCUGUGACCGCAUCUCCAUCUGCAGCACAGACAAACAGGAACACAGAGAAAUAGAAAAAAAAUUAUUGGCAGACAGAGUCAGACAUAGAUAAACUUGGACAAUGGACAAAGGGUCAGGGCUGCGUUUUCCAGAGUCUCCUUAGCGCUACAUGCGCCGUAAGGUAUACCUUAAUGUCUUCCUUUAGGUCUCGAGCUGUUUCCCAGCGUCUCCUUAGCUUAUGAAAGGUAUACCUUUAAAAGGGUGGUCUGAGGCACUCGUAAGCUGUCCCUUAGCGCUGCGCUCCGCUAAUCCUGUCACAGUUUUGCCUUAUUAUGCCAACAUUUUGCUUUUCAAAUCGACAGUUGUACUACAGUGCGCAUCUAGUAGCACAUCGGCAUGCGAAAAUGCUGAUGUGCAUUAACUUUACGAAAAGUAAUUGUCCAAUCAACGUUUCUGUGCAUAGCACGUCAUGAGAAUGUUGUCGUUUUACCUGUCUAUCCCCAUCAUGAUGGUAAUUAAGUAUAGGGCCUAUCCAUGAUACUAAUCCAAUUUGUGAAAAGAAAAAAAAAGUUUUUAAAUUUAUACGUAGUGGCGCUAACUGAGGAUAUGGCUUUUCCGAGCACGUUGAUUGGCCUAGCCAUAAACACACAUACAGGUAUGGUGGCUCAUAAUGAACAAGCAUAGCCAAAUGAUCUACAUCCCCUUCCUUUAGCUCACACCUCCUAUAUAAAACAAAAUAGCACUGGGUAAAUAUCAACAUUACGGAACUUUUUUCUUACCAUGUUGUUUUACGAUUUUUGGUAAACAACCCAAUAAUGAUAUUCUUGUUUAAACUUAAGAUAAUCCAACAGCAAAUUAAGGUGGAUGAGCAAAUCACUUUAACAGGUAGACCUAUUCAUAAGGCACCCGGUAUAGAAUUCAUCAUGAUCAAUUUCCACAGACGCACUUUUGCCUUUCAUCUACGAUCAUUUUUGCAUUGCAGAGAAAAGUUCGCGGGAAUCAGUGAAUAUGCUGCUACAGUUGCCUAUAUAUUGUGUGACAAAAACAAAUUAACAUUAGACCUUUGUUUCAAUAAGAACAAAAUAAUUCACCCAUAUGUAGCUUAUAUCCUUUUCCCUGGGCUUCCACGAAAUCCCAGACUAUGGCUUAUAUGUCCCGAUUGAUGCUUUUUAUUUUAUCCUUUGUAGUCUAUAUGUACGUAUUUAUUAAAACUAUCACAAGGUCUCGUCUUAACUGACUCUUAAAGAGAUUAGCAGAUGAUCUCUAUUAGGCAUAGCUUCCUCUUCUGCAAUAUUAGAUUGAUGUAAAAUGAUUAUGACAACACUUGUUAUAUUAAAACGUCAUUCACAAGCCUUUACAAGUGAGACAAUCGAUUCGCUUGGCAUCGAUUGAUAAACUUUUCAGCAACACAGUGAAGGCCAGCUCCAACUUACGAUGUACCUUUGAGGUGUCCCUUAAGGCAACUGUUAAGGUAUAGUUUGGGAAAUACUCAUAAAAAAGCAGUUUCCCUUUGAAAGGUAUACCUUAGGAGCCUUCGUAAAACGUUAAGGUACAUCGAAACUCGGAAACGCAGCCCAGGCUGAUGUAGACAAAUAUGGAAAGACACUGACAGAUGCACAGAAACACAAACUGACUGAGAGAAAUAGAUAUAAACAGCCUGACAUACAGUACUAUGCAGAAGUCUUAGGCACCUGUAAAACAAAUGCUGUACAGCUAAGAUGCUUUCAAAAAUAAUGAAACGAAAGGUUAUAAAUAUCGAAAAAAUAAUAUAAAGAGAAGUCCGGCAGUUUUAUAAGAAAAUCGGCUGGUAGGUUGUUCCAAGCAUUUUGGAGAACUUGCCACAGUUCUUCUGCAGAUUUUGGCUGUUUCGCUUGCUUCUGGCUCUCCAGGUAAUCCCAGAGACCCUUGAUCAAGUUUUUAUCUGAAAAGUAGUCUAUUACUUAAAAUAUUACUUUAUUUAACAAAAUACAAAAAUGUAUCUGUAAAAUUUCAUUUUUUGGAAAAUUCAUGUUUGGAAAUCUCAAAUUUGCUCUUUUCUACUGACACACUAAUGCAGAAAACAAAAAAUAAA